GGCGGGGGGGGCGCGACCCGACCCGUAGCGCGGUUCGAGGGGGAAGGAGAGCUCCCGUGGCUGUAUCGGCCGUUCCCGACGGGGGUUGUGUUUGAGGCAGCCUGGAGGUGCCGCCCCGCUGUCGCCGCCGCUGUCUCUGCUAUCCUCCCCUGCCCCCCACAGUCUCGGCUUUCUGCCUCCGGCCCCGCUCGUGUGUCGCUGUGCAGGGCAGGGCAGGCAGGGUUGGCCUGCGCUGUACCGCAAACUCGCUCUUCCUUUUAAUUUCCACAUUGCUAUUUGUCCUCGAGUGUAGACAAACGAUAGGUGAGAAGGGGUAGAGGACAGAGCAGCACUGAGGUGACUACUCGCAUCCUUUGUCCUCGGCUCGUAGUAUUCACCUGUCUGUGGGACCUGCGCCUUCACAGAUCGACACUGAGUCUGUUUCACAAGAGCCUAGUGCAAGUGGAACCCCUCCAUCCAUUGAGGUUUCUGCACACUACAUUGUCUCAGAAGGGUCUGGAGGAAUUUUUUGAUGAUCCACAAAACUGGGGAGAAAAAGCAGUCAAGUCUGGGGAUGCAUGGAAUAUAAAGCAACUAAGGGGCAAGAGCAGUGAAGACUUGCACAAACUUUGGUAUGUCCUACUGAAGGAAAAAAAUAUGCUUUUAACUUUAGAGCAAGAAUCAAAACGACAACUCAGGCCCAUGCCAAGUCCAGAACGAUUAGAAAAGGUAAAAAAGUCCAUGAAAAAUAUAGACUUAGUUGUCCGAGAAAGAGAAAUUGCUUUGAGGCUUUUACAGACUGGCCAUGAAAAACCAGUACCUGGCGAGUGGAGACAUGACUUCCUGGGCCGGACGUACUGGUACACUUACAAGGAAUGGCCAAUACCAUGGUACUUGAACAAAAAGUACAAAAAGAGGAGAUUCUAUUACUUACCUCAUGUGAAUCAUUUCAUCAGACUCAGACUUGAAAAAGCUCUACGUAGGAGGGUAAGAAGGCGAAACCUAGAAAGGAAGAGGCAGAAGGUCUUGAAAAGGAAGUUCCCUCACCUUGCUGUAAAAUCUCAGAGCCAUUGACAUGUUGGAAGAGAACAGCAAGCAGUUGGUCGAGUAUCUUUGUGUCUGGAUCACCAAACAAGUUCUGAAACCAGCCAACAACUCGACUGAGCAUUCCUGAGACUAUCUAUGUUUUUGGUUUUUUUAAUCCACUAUUUGUCCUAAAUUAAACUUGUGGUUUGGAAUGAAAAUGGUGUAUAACUCAAAUU